ACGCCCCAGAAGCGCAAGAUCAACCCUCUGCAGUUUGAGUACAUUAUGUCACCUCGACAUGUCUGCUCCAACUCCAACAGCCCUUCAAUAUUGGUCAUUGUAUUGACAACAGUUGAGGCUUACACCAUGAGGAAGUCCAUCCGAGAAACAUGGGGAAGCGUCGCAAGGACAAAUAAAUGGCCUUCAAGACAUAUUGGGACCUCCAUCAAGUUUGUGUACCUCUUCGGCUAUUCAGACAACGCCAACUUGAGACAAAGACUUCGAUCUGAGGCAUCUGAAUUUGGAGACGUUCUUCAGGUAGGAAUUACAGAGGCAUAUGGAAUUAAUGUGACGAAGAAGAUCCUGAUGGGGUUCAAAUGGGUAGAGGAACAUUGUCAAGGGACUGGAUACGUCAUGAAGGUGGACGAUGAUGUCUUUGUAGACUUACCACAGGUUAUUGACCAUUUGCGGACACGACAAUUCAGUUCCUACAUAAGUGGCCAUAAAGUCUGGUUUUCCUUUACCAAGCGCUCUGGCAAAUACAAGUUAAGCUUCGAGGAAUACCCUUUCUGUAUGAUUCCAUCUUACAUUCUGGGGUACUUUUAUGUGAUGCCAAUGGGGAUUAUGUCGAGACUCUUGGAUGCUUCUCAGUUCGUGCCUUAUGUAAGAAUGGAAGACGUGUAUAUAACUGCCAUUUUGCCCAGGAUAAUUGGUGUCCCAAUGAAAGCAUUCAAGACCUUUUGGUUUGACAGAAACUAUGAAGUAGACAUUUGUGAUUUUGUUACUAAAAAGCGGGAUUUAAGUGUAGAUGUGAGUCCUGACAACAUGUACGAUAUUUGGAAGACAUACGGUGAUGAAAGUCUUUGUAAACACGAGCUACAAUGAGCAUGUAUAAUAUGUUGCUUGGGACACUCCAUGUUGACAAUUACUGCGCUCUAUUUCGUAUACAGUGAUGAAAUAAGAUGUGUAAAAGAUCUAUACUUUUCUCAAGUUGAAUAGCAUGCAGUUUUACG